AUGUACUUCUUAGAACCAGACACUGUGAGGAUUGACACCGUUCUAGAGCACGCCAACAUCAUCAACCAAUUACAGGCUGAGCUGAAGGACGACGGAACAAAAACUGAAUAUGAAAUAAUAACCAGACCUAUAGCCUUGUACCCAAAAGAAAAUUGUGCUUAUGAUAACUACAGUUUUCUCAACGAUGAAAUUAUUACCAGAGUAGAUACAAAAUCGCCGGAAACAGAAUUUGAUGAAGGAACGCAACGUGGUACGGAUACCAGAAAAUCUCAAGAUUUGAGUAAACCACCAACAGAAUCAACACAGUGUCCCGAAGAUAUUGCUGUUACUGUCAGUGUAUCACCGUCUACGUCUAUCAGCACGAAGCUCAAAGUAAUUGUAACUGUACUGAACUGUGCUAUGACAGCAUGCUCUAUUGGUUUUGUCUAUAGUUUGAGUGUGAUGUUCGUCGACAUCAUCGAAGAAUUUCAAUCAUCUAGAGCUGAGACAUCAUCGAUCCUGUCUAUUUCCAGCGCUCUCAUGUUUGCAUUAGGUGGUGUUUGGGGGCCAUUGAUGACGAAGUUUAAUAGUGGAUAUAUUUGUAUGGCUGGAGGUCUGAUCAUCCUUAUCGGAUGUUUGAUUAGCGCUUUCACCACCAGUUUGCCUUUACUAAUAGCUAGUCUAGGUGGUCUCACAGGGAUUGGUUUGUCAAUUCCAUUCUUUCUCGCUUUUGUUAGUGUUCCUGAAAUUUAUAACCAACACAGCUACAUUAUGAUGUCUGUGGUUAGUAUAGCACCUGGAAUUGGGUCUUGUGCGUUCCCUUACGUUACUCUACUACUAAUGGAAACGUAUGGAUGGCGGGGAGCAUUAUUGAUAAUUGGUGCAAUAUUUUCCAACUGUAUUCCAAUCGGACUAAUUAACGGAUAUGUCAAAAAGCGACUUCUUGUUGGUCAUGGACAUCCAACCAUAAACAUUAGAGAUCUCCUUUCGUUACCCUUGUUUAAAAACACAAAGUACCUCAUAUCUGUGUCUGCUACGAUGUUCUUCAGCUUGCUUGGUCCAACAACAUUGCAGGUUUAUGUUGAUAUGAUUACAGAAAAGGGAUUCAGUCUGACAGCCGGAUCAGUACUGCUUUCAACCUAUGGAUUCUCUGAUUUAGGAGGACGAGUAAUUGGACUUGUUGUUUUUCCCCAAAUCAAAUUGAACAACAAAAUUAAAUGGGCGUUUUGUAUCGCGGUCUUGUCAAUUACGCCAUUAUUGUAUACAAUAUUCUUUGAAUAUGAAUAUCUUCUAGCCAUUACGAUUCUCUUUGGACUGUCUUGGGGAAUGUCCAUGUCGUGUUAUCCUUCUAUGAUAAUGGAAUCUACUGGACCGAAGCAUAUUUCAAGUGCUCUAGGCUACUGUAAUUUCAUUGAUGGUGCUAUUAGCCUACUUGGUGGACCAGCUGCAGGACUCAUCAAAGAUGCUACAGAUUCAUAUACCUUGGUCUACCAUCUGGCGACUGCUACGACUGGUAUGGGUAGUUUGGUAAUGGUCAUGAUGCUGCUCAAGUUAAAUUGGACUAAGAAAAGAGGGAAAAAGACACCCGUUCCUGUUGAAAAUACAAACCAUAUUUAA